AUGAAUAAGCCAGGAAAUUUGGAAAUUUUAAAUAACUAGUUGAAUAUCUAAAAUAAUAAAUUGUCUCUCUAAGUUGAAGUCUUAUCAUAACAAGUUUAAAUACUUUUAAAAUAAAUUGAAUAAUUAUAAGAAAAAGCAACACAUUACUAAAAUUUAAAGGAUGAAAACAUCACUCUUAAAAAAGACAUUAUGAAUUUAUAAGAAUAAAUUCAAACACAAGAAUUAGAACAAUAAUUAGUUCUUGAAAAUAAAUUCCAUUCACAAUUAGAGGAAAUGUAAAAACGACAUAAAAAACAAAUAUAAGACUUAAAAACUAUAUAUGAGGAUAAAAUUAUAUCGUUAUAAAAAGAAAAGUCUUCUAUCUAAGAUUAAGCAAUUUAAAUGGGAGUAUCAAACUAAGCUUCGAAAGCAUUAGAAUAGUAAGCUUCUAAAAUAAUAUAAAUAAGUCAUAAGUUAGAGUAAUUAUUUUUUUAUUAAUCAGAAAAACUUUGUCUGAUCUUCCAUCUUAAAGCCCAAGUCAUGGACACAUAGGAAUAUCUAAAGAAAUGUAUGAUUAAAUGCUAGAACAAUUAAAAAGCAAAUCAACUAAGAAUAUAAUCUUAGAAAAAAUACCAGAUUAACAAAUUUUGUAAAUUCCAUUAUAAAUCAUUUAGUUCACAACGAUAUAAGAAAACUUCCUUAGCAAAUAUAAAAAAGGAUCCCAAUUUUAGUGUCAAAAGAAUUUUACAUUAUAGUAAACCUUAAGACUCUCCUAGAACAUAAAAUUCUGGAAAUGCUCUUACAAUAAGUACAUUAACGAAGAAGUCUUGA